UCUUCCUCCCUCUCCUCGCACCACCAACCAAGCCCACCACCAAGCUAAGCUCUGGUCAGCAUUUUGCUCCAAAACCACCUACACACACGUACCAUGUCGCGAUCAGUGGCCUGCUCCUUCUUCUUCGACAACGAGCUGCUCGGCGAGCCCGGCAUGCCGGCGAUGGACGCGUGCGCGCUCUGCGCCAAGCCGCUGGCGCGCGACAGCGACGUCUUCAUGUACAGAGGAGACACGCCCUUCUGCAGCGAGGAGUGCCGCCACGAGCAGAUGCACCUCGACGCCGUCUGCGCCAAGCAAGCCGCCCGGAGGCAGCAGAUAUUCUCGGCGGAGACGGAGUCCCACCGUGGGCAGCGGCAGCCCAGGAAGGUGUCCGUCGCAAGCUAACCGGCUGACCGCUGAAAGUUUUGUAUGGAUCGACAAGAUCCGAAUUCAGAAGAAUACAUCAUCUGUAUUCUGAAGAAUCAUCGUCGUCUCCGUCUGUCCGGCCGGUGCUCUAGCCUGCUCCGGUGGAGGCACCAGAGGCAGCUUGGUGCCGCCUACAGGAGGCAAGGCAGGGCAGCAGCAUCAGGCGGCACGAAGCAUGUGUCCAUGGCAAGCUAAUUAGGCUGCCCAAAUGGUUGGAAAGUGUACUUGUUCUCGGUCGAAAACAGAAAUGUAAUCGCAAUGGAUCUGAUGAGACUUCUACUAUUUGGGUCGCCCUUCUGCGCCCUCUCUUGUUUAGCUUGCCUUUAAUGAUUGGGUCCUGUUUGGUUUUGGGUACCAUAACCACAUGCAACAGCAGUGUCACUGUAAAUACAUCAUGGCAACCAACCUACAAAUUAUCUUGCCCCUAAAUUUUGUUAUUCUUUUCGGAUUUAUAGCAUCUCUAAUGUUUCUAGUGAUAUGCCAAUACGAUUUGAGGCGACAUUUUAUCCAUGAUUUUAUGAUAUUUUGCUAAAUCAGAAUCUUUUGAGA